AUGUAUGAGAUUAAUAAUAAUAAAAAAUUGCUAGCGCAUGGGGCGCUCUUAAAGCUCGUGGCUCACACUCGCUGCUUAGAGGAGGAGGCCGGCGAGCUUCUUCAUCUUGGAUCGAGCUUGGCGCAAUCUUUCUUGAAUGAAUGUACCUUGUUGGCUGGAAAAGGAGAAAGAGAAGAAGAGGAAGUGCAGGACUAUAGGGGAAGGGCUAGAGUUAGGUUGGUGGGCGAGAGUUGGGAUGGGGAAACGGCUAGGGUUGGGUUGGUGCUGCUCAGGAAGGUUGGGAAAUUGAUUUUGUAA